AUGGGUUAUUUAGCCACUGAACAUAAGACUUUUGUUCAUCACAUCGCGCUUGAUCCGUCCGGGUCGCUGCUUGCGUCGUGCUCGAGCGACAAGAGUGUGGAGGUAUUCUACCGUCACCACUCCCCUGGAGGGGGUGACGCCUGGCAGCUCGGCUGCACCAUAGCGGACCACUCCGGACCGGUGCUACGGCUCACCUGGUGCCAGCAUCGCGAACACGGCCCGCUGCUCGCCACCGCCGGGGCGGACCGCUGGAUUUACGUCUAUCGUAUCGCUGUUUCCUCGCACAAAGGGAACCCCGUGGUUCGUUCCAUCCGUUGGUUACCAGUGCGUGGCUACGAGAAGGAUGCUAUCACCGACGUGGCCUUUGUUCCACCUCAGCAGUACCAAGUACUGCUCCUUUCCACUGCCUCGCUGGAUGGCUGCGUGCGGGUCUACGAAGUUCAUCAACCACUGCAGUUUCCCUGUAUUUGCAAGAUCAUUCCGGAAGCGGGUGGGUCCGCCGCGGAAGUAGGCGGAGUGGCUGCAAGGAGAGAGUCCCCUACCACUAUUUUGAGGGCAUCUGAUGGGGUUAGUGGCGCUAGCACUUCUUCACAGCAGGCAGAGAUCCCAACUUCCACAGUGGGGCGCCCGCCAGGGGUGACUUCAAUGAUCCGAUCCGCUGCUUCGCCACUUAGUCCUGCUUCUCCCGUGAGUCCUACCUUUUCUAGCGGCUGUGAGACAGUUCUUGGCGGCCCUGCACAGCGAGGUAGUGGAAUUUCUUCCAUUGCUUGGUUCCCUAGUGCGACGGAGUCAACGAUGACCCUCGCUGUUGGAGCGGUCUCCGGCCGUUUUUACAUGUAUCGUUACCUGAAAGAGAGCACCUCGUUCGAGUCGAUCGCACUCCCCCCUAAUGUAGCGUGUCAGUCACCGAUUGAGGGGUUGCAGUGGGCUCCGCCUCUAGGUAGGCGAUUUCAACUCAUCGCGAUUUGUUCUCGGACAAGCGUCCUGAUAUUACGCAUGAACACAGUUUCACCUUCAUACGAGGCAGUUGAUAAGUUGAGUUUUGAGCUGUAUAAACAUCCAACAGGUGCUGUGAGUGCAUCAUGGAGUCGCUCUGCUACCCUGCUACAUUUGGUAACAGACGACCAAAAGACGGAGAUGUUUGUGCUUCAGAUGUGCGACCCGACGAACCAUCAAUCAUGGGAGUUAGUUUCGUCACAUCAUGCAGAACUAACUAGGUUUUGA